AUGCUUUCAAAAAAUCCGAGAUUUCCAUACAAAGCCUUUAGUAAUGAAGACUUAGAAGAAAUUUUAUGUAAGUGUGGUAUUUCCAGUCCAUGUGAAUGUCCCACUGACCAAGAAAAGGAAGAAAAUAUUGUAAUAUGCCAAGGUAAAGUGAAAAGACGCUUUUUUAAAGGUCCUACUCCUCGAUCUGUUUUGGGCGAUGAAGGUUUAUCGGCACCAUCAAGGAAAGACUAUGGUUUUGAGGUAGCAGAUGGUGUUCAACAUAGAUUAAUGAAAGAAAUUAAAGAAGAAUGCCCGCCAUUUUAUGAUGCUAGAGUAAACGAAUCUACAGCCUUUUAUCAGGGCUGUAAAUGGAGUAAAAGAACGUCGUCAAAAGCUCACAAACUGUUUGGAAUUAAACCUGGUCCUGGAGAUUAUUCUUUUGAAAGGGAGCCUACAGAAAAUGAGAUUUGUAUAGAAAAGAUACGUGCAUAUAAAAAAAGAAUAGCAAAACAAUUACGUUUUAUGGACCAAGUUUAUGAAAAAAAUUUGUCUGAAAAUAGACCUGGUCCUGCAACAUAUGAUCCAAAAGUACCAAAAGGCACUGAUCUUAGUGUCAUAGGCUCAAAAGCGAAAAGGUUCCCAUCAUCAAAAUAUGAAGUAUCUCCAGGUCCGGCAGAUCAUUGGCUUCGAAGAGAUUUUGAUCCAAUUGAAUAUAGUGGAAUAACAUGUCAUGCUAAAUUACCGAACCCACCUUGUUUCGGAACCAAGACAGCCCGGUUUAGUAAUAAAAGUUCUGAUGGGCCCAGUCCGGCUUCUUACAAUACAAGAAACAAACUUUGCAAUUAUGUUCAUUGCAGUAACGCCCCUUUUGGAACUACAGCAACGAGAUUUAAAGAUGAAGUAAAAGAAGAAAGCUAUGCUGAUAAACUAGAAUCAGUAGAAGACAUACGAGAUAAACCAAAGGAAGAGGAACAAACCGUAAAGCCAUGCAUUCAACGUACCUGGGUAUUUAAAUCUAAAACUAUUCGAAUGAAACCGUUGCUAAAAAAAUACGAUGAACCUAGCCCAGCCGAUCUGCCCCAAAAUUCAAUUAAAACAAAUAGAUCUCCUGUAUCGCAAUAUGUAGCCCCAUUCUAUUCAUCUGAAGGGCGUUUUUUACCGUGGCAUUGUUGGUUACCUGUACAUGGUAAAAUGCAAACACCUGGACCUGCAACAUAUUCCUUGGCAAAGCCAAAGUGUCUUCCAGCUUUUAAUCGUGGACCCUUGUAUCGAGCUGAACGUUUUCCAAAACUAGCUCAGCGUUCUCCUGCACCGAACAAAUAUGACGUCGAUUGUGGUAUUGAAACUAUUUUAUCUACACAUAAUCAACGCUUGAAAAAUAAUAUUCAAAAUCAAUGCAAAUUUCAUUGGGAGCCACCAAAACCAAGGAAAGUAUUGACUUUUGAAGAGCAAGAAGAUUUGCUAUUCCAACAUACAAUACAAAUAUUAAAUUUAGAAGACGAAAUACUACAUGAAGUACCUGUUAAAGAGAAGGAUCUCGGCCCUAACGAACCAAAACAACAAAAAAUGUUGAGAUCAUUUUUGUAUGCUCACCCUACACCACAGUAUUAUUAG